AAAACAUCAUCCAAACAAAGUAAGAACCCACAUCAAUGUGACAGAGGUAAGAGAGAAGGGGAGAAGGUCUAUGGAUAUUAAAAGAAAGAAGAUUAGUUGAUAAGUUACCAGGGUUUAGAAACAAAUAUAAGGAUCGAGAGGCAACCCCUCAAUAUGGACAUUAGCUUUCUCCCAUCAACAGCUUUGUUCCACCAUCAAUAGGUUUAAAGCUGUUUACUGUAGAGAAAGUUUUCAGGGGAGAGCCAUGGGGAAGGCAGGCAAAUGGCUAAGAAGCUUCUUCUUGACAGGCAAGAAAGAGGAGAAAAAGGAAAAAGCUGAGACCUUAGCAACAAACCCAUCAAAGGCAGAGGACAGAUCAGAGCCAAUUCCUGUGCCAACAGCUAAGGAGAAGAAGAGGUGGAGCUUUCGCAGAUCGGCAGGGCCGGGAAAAUCAUUGCAUUCUCCAGACCCAAGCGUCCGUGGGCCAAACAUUGUUUUCUCGGAGUCUGAGCUCGAUCAAAGGAGGCACGCGAUGGCAGUGGCGGUGGCGACGGCAGCAGCAGCUGAUGCAGCUGUGGCAGCUGCUCAGGCGGCAGCUGCGGUGAUCCGUCUAACCGUGGCUAACUCUAACAGAACACCCAGCCUUGUUGAGGAAGCUGCUGCAAUAAAGAUUCAAUCGGCAUUCCGAGCUUAUCUGGCAAGGAAAGCUCUGUGUGCCUUGAAAGGCCUAGUAAAGCUACAAGCUCUAGUGAGAGGCCACCUGGUGAGGAAGCAAGCCACCGCCACUCUUCGGUGCAUGCAGGCCCUUGUCUCUGCCCAAGCCAGAGCCUGUGCCCAGCGGAUGCGAAUGGUUGAAGAAGCACAGACAUUACCCCACCCACAACAUCGAAGAUCUCCACAGCAUCCUCGGUUCCAACAAUCAUACGAGAUGGAUAGAAAUACAGAAGAAAACAUAAAGAUUGUGGAGAUGGAUAGUGGUGAACCAAGAAGCAGCACAAGGGGAAGAAAUAGUUAUUCUGCUGUUCAAAGUGAAAUGAAAGAACACAGGCUCUCCGCAUAUUAUAAUGGAUCCCGUACACCCUCCAGAGCCGAGCAAUAUCAACAGUUCUCACCAGCUCCAUCAGCCAUAACAGAAAUGAGCCCCAGGGCUUACAGUGGGCAUUUUGAGGACUUCUCGUUCAGAACAGCACAGAGCAGUCCGCAAUACCUAUCAGCUGUUUCAGUACCUGAUGCAGGACAAUCCUCAUUUGACUACCCUUUCUUCCCCAAUUACAUGGCCAACACACAAUCUUCUAGGGCAAAAGCACGGUCACAAAGUGCUCCGAGACAACGAAUUGAUAUGUAUGAAAGGCAAUCGAGCAAGCGAAGGCCAUCGGUGGAAGGAAGAAACAUUCCGAGAGGGGUAAAGAUGCAAAGGUCGUCCUCCCAUGUGGGCAUGACUGCUAAUGGGUACCAGUAUCCGUGGUCUAUUAAGCUGGAUAGGUCUAGUGUCUCUCUCAAAGACAGUGAAUGCGGGUCAACAAGCUCUGUACUCACGAAUUCCAACUAUUGCAGAUCUUUAGUUGGGUUUGAGGUAUGUGUUCACAAUAAGUCUCUCGGAGCAAAACAAUUGGUGGAUGUCCUCAAAGGAAACACUGACUAAUCUCUCUGUUCCAGGUUCACAGAAAUAAAUUCUAAUUUCCAUCAAGCAUUGACCAUCUUUCAAAGAAGGUUUGCAGAUCAAAGAGACAAGGAUUGGAUCGUUUCUGCUAGUGCCUUGGAUUUGAGCUCUUCAGGAGGCUCAAUUUUGUUUGGGCUCUUUCUUAUUUUCUACUUGUAUGUGUCUUCACCAUAGCUUGACUUGGUACUUCAAGGACUGUUUUAUUGAAAAUGUUGAUUGCACAAAAGCACAGUUAUGUA